AAUCUCACGCUUUUUUACAAACCCCAAACUUUUUUUUUUUUUUUUUUUUUUUCUUUUUCCCCUUUGUUUUUUGCUUACGGCAAAGCCGUAAUCUCCGUAUAAGAUCUUCAAUUUCUGCAAAUCUGGAUCCACACCUGAAAAGUUUGUUGUCUUUAGAUUGUUGCAAUCGGGGAUGGAGAUUGAAUCCGUCGCAGCUGGUUCUUGUUCCAAAGAGAAUCAAAUAAUCUACAAGGAAUGGUUCGAAUUCGCCGAUUCAGACGGCGAUGGACGCAUUACUGGUAACGAUGCGAUCAAGUUCUUCUCUAUGUCGAAUUUGCCUCGUCCGGAGUUGAAGCAGGUCUGGGCAAUUGCAGAUGCAAAGAGACAAGGGUAUCUUAGUUUCAAAGAGUUUAUUGUUGCCAUGCAGCUUGUUUCUUUGGCUCAAACUGGACAUGAAAUAUCACAUGAAGUUCUUAAUAGCGACGUUGAUUUCCAAAAUAUUAAUCCUCCUACCAUGGAAGGUCUGGGUGUAUUAAUGGCGAAGAAGAAGCAUUCAUCAAAGUCGAGUGAUCUUGAUAUCAAUGGUAGCCCUGCCGCAGACACUUCGCUUACAGCUCAUUGGUUUUCUUCAAAAUCUUCGAAAAAGAUUUCUUUGUCCUCCGUAACAUCUAUAGUGGAUGGCCUGAAAAGGUUGUACAUUCAGAAGCUAAAACCACUUGAAGUAACAUAUCGGUUUAACGAUUUUGUAUCCCCAUUGUUGACCAACAGUGAUUUCGAUGCGAAACCUAUGGUAAUGCUUCUGGGUCAAUACUCCACAGGAAAAACAACAUUCAUUAAGCAUUUGCUAAAAGCUAGUUAUCCUGGAGCUCAUAUUGGACCAGAACCGACUACUGACAGAUUUGUUGUUGUCAUGUCUGGACCUGAUGAAAGAAGCAUUCCGGGGAACACCGUAGCGGUUCAAGCAGAUAUGCCAUUCAGUGGUCUUACGACUUUUGGGACUGCCUUUUUGUCAAAGUUUGAAUGCUCUCAGAUGCCUCACCCUCUGCUGGAGCACGUUACAUUUGUCGACACCCCAGGAGUUUUAUCUGGGGAAAAGCAAAGGACACAGCGAGCAUAUGAGUUCACUGGUGUUACAUCAUGGUUUGCCUCUAAGUGCGAUCUCAUCCUCCUCCUAUUUGACCGACACAAGUUGGAUGUAAGUGAUGAGUUCAAGCGUGUAAUUUCAUCUUUACGCGGUCACGACGACAAGAGCCGCGUUGUUCUGAAUAAGGCUGACCAAGUGGACACUCAGCAGCUAAUGAGGGUAUAUGGAGCUCUCAUGUGGUCACUUGGGAAAGUUCUUAAUACUCCCGAGGUUUCCCGUGUCUAUAUUGGUUCGUUCAGUGAUAAACCCAUAAAUGAAGCUGCAACUGGUCCAAUUGGGAGAGAAUUGUUUGAAAAGGAGCAAGAUGACCUUCUCGCUGAUUUGAAAGACAUUCCAAAGAAAGCUUGUGAUCGUAGAAUAAAUGAGUUUGUGAAACGGGCAAGAGCAGCAAAGAUACAUGCAUACAUCAUCAGCCAUUUGAAGAAGGAGAUGCCAACCCUAAUGGGGAAAGCCAAAGCACAACAAAAACUGAUAGAUAACUUAGAAGACGUCUUUGGAAAGGUACAAAGAGAGCAUCACUUACCAAAAGGGGAUUUCCCAAAUGUGGAGCAUUUCAGGGAGGUGCUAAGUGGUUACAACAUCGACAAGUUUGAGAAGCUAAAGCCAAAAAUGUUGCAGACUGUUGAUGAUAUGUUGGGGUAUGACAUUCCACAGCUUUUGAAAAGUUUCAAAAACCCGUAUGAUUAAUUCUUUUAUUCCUUCUUAGCUCUGUGGUUACUGUUAAGUUUACUUACAUUCAUAUCCUAAAACUGCCCUUGUGAGCAUUGAUGCACAUUUGUAUUCUUAAAAGACUUGUAGACAAUAUAGACUCACCAAGAGUGCUGACGUGAUAAUUGGCUUAUAUAUAUCCAAAACCAAAAGUAUGGACUAUUUUGGCUA